AUGGCCAAGAAACUCGAGACCACACAACACGCCAAGUACACUUGCGGCUUCUGUGGAAAGGACGCUAUGAAAAGAACGGCCGUCGGAAUCUGGAGCUGUACCAAAUGCAGCAAGAAAGUCGCUGGAGGAGCUUACGUCUACGCCACCGUCACCGCAUCGACUGUCAGAUCUACCAUCCGUCGGCUUCGCGAGCUCAAAGAA